CCCUCUCUCACUCUCUUUCCAUGUCUUUCUCUCUUCUGCGUGUGAGGACUGUGUGACAGCUUUUCCUGCUGCUCGUAGCGAACGGCUGAAAGGGAGCGAACACACGGCAGCUUGUAAUGCAAACUCAACCUGAGGCAAACGCACAUACUACUUAGCGGUCAUUGGACAGGACUGUGAAGGCUCUUCUCAGUUCGGGCUGUGUAACGUAUUGAUGCCAUCAGCUCUGGACUAAACUUCCCAAGAAGUCUGAUAAAGUGUGUGAUGCUGUAGGAGAACAACUUUAAGAUUUUUAUGUGACGGGCAGAACCAGUGUGAGAAGCUUGAUCCAUCUGAAACAACAGUGCACCAUGAAGAGGAACUGACUGCUUUAUAUGUAGGUUUGGAAGCAGCCAGGAUGAAUGUGAAAAGGAAGGAGAUGGAUUUCUUGAGCAACACUAUUGCUGCUUAUGCUCACAUUAAAGCAAAUCCAGAGAGUUUCGGCCUUUACUUCGUCAUCGGCGUCUGUUUUGGCCUGGUGCUCACUCUCUGCCUCCUGGUCAUCCGGAUUUCCUGCAAACCUCGUACCACUACGGCGCCCUCCACGCCAGAGAAAAAACAGUUGAAAGACUACAGUGAGGAGGAGGAAGACGAGGAGAGCGACGAUGAUGAGGAGGAGGAAGAUACAGGAGGCCUGGAGUCCUCCGUCCGGCACAGCACCACAGAGAUUCCCAUGAGCAACCACCUCAUCACGCCGGAUGGGACUCUAAGCAGGAAUGUGUUCACCUCAGCUGAGGAGCUGGAGCGGGCACAGCGAUUGGAGGAAAGGGAAAGGAUCAUAAGAGAAAUCUGGAGGAACGGACAGCCGGAUAUCCUGGGAACAGGGACGGGCACUAUUGGAAGAGUGCACUACUACUAAAGGAGCGUUAGACUCCUGGAUAUAAACUUAAGCCAUUUCAUUGGUUGAGUGCAGUACUUUGAAAGACUGUUAAUGGACGCUGUUUCCAUUACUUUUUUUUAUAUGUUGGACUGAUGUUAUUGUAAUCCUACAGACCUUGGGUACAGCUGUUCUGUAUGCAACAUUUGGACUGGCCAAGUUGCUAUCUGUCCCCAAGUCGUGGUGCUUAUUGAAGAGUCAUUUUGGCGUCUGAGUUGAUGUUUUAAAAAGUAUUUGUGAAUUGUAGGUGAUAAUUAGAUGCUCACAGAAAGCAAAUGCACUUUUGCACCAUGUCAUUUAUUGUUUGUUUUCUGCUAUUUUUGUAAUUAAAAAAAAAUGUAAUGGGGUCAUGACAACAUGCAAGUCACAUCAAGCAUUACCUCACAGGUUAUAAAGCCACAUGGCAAUAUAACUAGGGAUGCACAGAUAUUAAAAUUCAACAUUGAUGAGACGAUAUUUUCAUGAUUUAUACAAUUUUGUCUAAAUAAAUUAAAAAUAAAACACUUAAAAACAAUCAUUAGUUUUAAAUGCUACAGAGUGAAAUAGGCAUCACAACAUAAUGUGCCAUAUGAAAACUGGAUAUUUGCUUUGACAUUUGCUAAAUAUUACAUUGUUAAAGGUAUACUAUGUUCUGUUUUUUGUUCAAAAUCAAUACAAUCAAUCAAUAAAUCAAUCCUUCUAAAA